CGAGUUCUCAACAACAGUAUCAGACAAUCCACGGAUAUCCGAGCCCGAACAACAUGGCAGGCCAGGCUCCCCCGGAUGCCUUAAUUGACGCGCAAAAAUCUCUCGAGUACUGGAACAGUGUUGACGCGACACCGAACGGGAUGCUCGGAGGCUUCGGAUCUGUUUCUCGCGUCGAUCUCGUCGGUUCCCGUGUAUUUAUAGCGAAGCUCAAGCUUCCCGGGACCCCCGCCACGUUGGCGAAACCGAGGGUUGCUGAUUGCGGCGCUGGCAUCGGGCGCAUUACGAAGGGAUUUCUGUCUAAGCUGAAUAGUGGCAGGGUUUGCGUGGAUAUCGUUGAACCGGUUAAGAAGUUUACCGAUCAGGCGAGUGUCAACUUGAAGGAGGAGAUCGACGACGGCCGGGUUGGCGAGAUUUACAACGUUGGACUCGAGAAUUGGAUUCCGGAAGAGGGUGCAUACUGGGUGAUUUGGAAUCAAUGGUGUUUAGGGCAUUUACAGGACCAGCAACUAGUUGACUAUCUGGAACGCUGUAAGGUUGGCAUAGUUCCCGGUGGGGUCAUUGUCAUCAAAGAGAACAUAGCCCCAGAUCCCGAUGACAUCUACGAUGAGGCGGAUAGUAGUGUUAUGAGGACCGAUCCUAAGCUACGCACGUUGAUCAAACAGGCUGGCCUAUGGGUGGUACGGACCGAGGUACAGAGGGGCUUGCCUAAACAACUUUACCAAGUCCGUAGUUAUGCACUAAAGCCCUUUUGAGGCUACUUAUUAGGAUACCCUGGGCGCCCUCUAUUUAAUGUUGAAGAGGUGCUGGAUUGGCAUGGAGAGCUUGUCAGAUGAAAUGAAGCUGUUUCCGUUCGACGGAAAAUGUGUUGAGACUGCCUUGGUUAAGAGAAUGGUCCUGGGGUAGAAGUUUGGAGCCAUAAUGUACACUGGUGGAUGGAUGGGCGCUAGAAUGGGGGAAACUAGUCAAUCUGUAGAAAU